UCGAAGCAAUUUGGGCUGAAGCGAUCCUCAGUGCGACCGCGGGUCGGUACCCUCACCAACGACGUUCAUUGUGCAUACAACAAUGCAUCGCACCCAGUUCAGAAAGCUAUCUCUCCAUUUGACUAAGCACUUUGUUUCGAAUUUGCAAACAGUGUGUUAUCUUAUCGGGUCAUAUUAGAAGUUGUACAUCACUGGGCACACGCGUCCGUGUACUGUGAUGCUAGCUCUCAUGUGUUCGUGAUAUAUUCUGUGAUUUUUAUUUUAUUUAGUGUUUUUAUUAUUUGUGGACAUUUUAUAAGUGAAAAUGAAUGAAGGAACGGUUGAUGUUCAUGGUGAAUUGGAACGAUUAAGAAAUCCUGAUGCGUUAGAGGAGGAACAAUUAAAUGCACCAAGAAAAAAAUCACUGAAGCCACCAUGCCCCGAAGAACUUCCACCGCAGAAGUAUCGAAUCCUACUCGAGCCAGCUCUGGUGGGCGCCAUGAUAGCCAUCAAUUUAGGUCAAACUUCUCUACAAAACUUCUAUCUACAAACUGCUUGUACAGUAGAUCUAGGAAUAGAUUUAGAAGUCUGUGAAAAAGGAGAAAUGGAGGCUGAGAGUCAAAUGGUAGUAUCAGGAGUGAACGUCAGUAGAAGUUUCAUAGGAUCUCUAAUAUCUACGGUAGUGUUACUGUUCGUGGGUCCAUGGAGCGACUGCAGUGGUCGCCGGAAGCCUUUACUGAUCCUACCGUUAGUUGGAAUGAGUGUGAUGACGACUGGAGUGUUACUGAUGUUGCUGUUCCCUGGUGCGUCGACGGUACAAGUACUUUAUGCUGUCCAGUUGCCGAUGUCACUAGGUGGGAACUUUGGACUGUUGUUAGCAGCCGCUUUUAGUCAUAUAGGUGAUGUGUGCUUUGCGACGGGUCGUGACGUCACUCGAACUAUGGGCACCCACCGCGCCGCCAUACAAAUAGCCCACGUGGUGGGCGCUGUAGGAGGCCCCCUACUCUACCGCUACCUCGGAUUCUUCGGUGUGUUUCCACUUGUUUUAUUUCUACAGCUAUCAUCUCUGGUGUACGUCAUAAUCGCUGUGAAGGAUGUUAAUGUGAACAUAGAGAACAAAGUUUCGGUAUGCAACUGGAAGUUACCAUUCAACGCCGUGCACUGUCUGAUAAAACCAAGGGAUGGCCGCAAAAGAAUGAUCAUAUUCCUCAUGUUAGUCGUCACGUUGGGAGACAGGAUGUUAUUGUCUGCGGAGGUGCUGAUUGCUUACAUGUACUACAGGUACAAGUUCCACUGGAAUGACAUCAUGUUUGGUUCUUUCCUCGCCUACAGAAAUAUCGUCAGUUUUAUCGGUACGCUGCUAAUCCUGUCGGUGUUGAAGCGUCGGUUGCGACUGGCGGACGAGACUGUGGGCAUGCUGAGCUGUGUCUCCUACAUCCUGGCCACCACAGGACUCAUCACCUCUACCAUGACGUGGUGUGUGUUUAUGUUGCCAUUGGUCGGAAUAAUCUCACAAGGCUCACAGGUGGUACAAAGGCCCAUUCUGAAUAAGCAGAUAUUACCAACAGAACAAGGUAAAAUCUACAGUGUGAUGGGAUCUCUAGAGUCGGCGAUGCAAAUGAUGUCAUCGCCCUUAUAUUCGCUACUCUACAAAAAAACUGUUGCCGACUUCCCCGAUGCUUGGUUACUACCGGGUAUCACUUUAGCUUUCUUCCAACUGACAUCCUACUUUGUGGCAAGAAAACUUGGAAAGUCAACAGUUUUAAAUAAAAGUGCUCCCGAGGUAGACCCUGAAAAGAAUAUUGAAUUUAAAACAAGAAAUCAAUCGAAAGAGUCAGGGUAGUAAUGGUGUAACAUCACAGUAUAGUAUAGGAAGUAUUUUAGUAUUAAUAAACAUUUUUUUUUUAAGAUC